CAAACCAACCAAACUUUUCUCAAUUUAGUAAAACGUGUUUGGAUCAUAUUAUUUUAUUUAAAUAUAAUAAUAAUUUACUAAUAAGUAGUAAAUAAUUAUUCAAUUGUAACUGGACUUAUUUGGAAGAAUGAAAUUUUAACAAUAAAAAUGGCCCAUAUAUCAUAUCCUUUCAAAAAAACAAGCAAAGCUGCUUUCCGAAAACCAGAGUCUGUAGUUUCUCAAGAUGCAAUUUAUUGGAAAAAAUUGGGACAACCGGUCUUAGUGAAAGAAUUUGGUGCAAUUGAUUAUUUGGAUUUUAGUCCUGUAGAACCUCAUUAUUUUGCAGCAACAUCUUCUGUUCGAGUACAGAUAUAUGACCCAAUUACCAAAGUAGUUGCAAAAAAUAUAUCCAAAUUUGUUCAAGCAGCUUAUGGUGGAUGUUUUAAAAAUGAUGGUCGCCUAUUGGUAGCAGGCAGUGAAGAGGCUGUUGUUAAAUUGUUUGAUGUUCAAUCUAAGAAUGUUCUUCGUGUAUUUACAGGACAUACAGGACCUGUUCACAGAACAUUCUUUACAAAAGAUCAAGUAAAAGUUGCAAGCUUCUCUGAUGAUAAAUCAGUAUGUUUGUGGGAUAUAGCUACAGAAGAAAAAAUAACAAGCUUUGCAGAUCAUACAGAUUAUAUCCGAGCUGGAGCUACAAGUCCCAUAUCACCUGAUCUGAUACUGUCUGGAAGUUAUGAUAACACAGUCAAGUUAUAUGAUUGUAGGACAAACGAACCAUCCCUAACUGUAAAUCAUGGCAGCCCUGUAGAAUCCAUCCUAUUUCUGCCAUCUGGAGGCAUAUUUAUAAGUGCAGGUGGUACAGAAAUUAAGGUCUGGGAUAUAUUUAAUGGUGGCAAAUUAUUAGGAUCUAUAUCCCAACACCAUAAAACAGUAACAACACUAUGUCUUGCUAGCAAUAACAGCAGAUUAAUGUCAGCAUCUUUGGAUAGACAUGUAAAAAUCUAUGACAUUUCAACAUUCAAAGUGGUUCACAAUAUUAAUUAUCCAAAUGCAGUUCUUAGUAUGGCUAUAUCAGAAAAAGAUGAUACAUUAGCUGUUGGUAUGAUUGAUGGUGUAAUAUCAAUUAAAAAAAGAGAAAAACCAGCAAAACGGAAAGGAGUGAAGAAGGGAGUGAAUAAAUUUGCACCUGAUUACAUAGAAUCACAUCAUUUUAGUGCUGAGCAAUCAGUAAAGAGAAAAAAUAAACAUGAAAAUGAUUUAGAUAAGUAUUUGAGAAAAAUGGAGUAUACUAAAGCCCUAGGUGCAAUACUUAAUGGUAGUGUCAUUACUAAAUUUCCCGAAAAAACUGCUGCUGGGCUACAACAAUUACUUAGGUGGAAAGUUCUUAAUAUUGCCAUUAGUGGACUGAAUAAUAAACAAUUAAAUUUUCUUCUGAAGUACUUGAGAAGAAAUUUAGGUGAAACAAGAUUUACUAGAACUAUAAUUGACACUGCAAAUGUUUUUAUUGAUGUUUAUGAAGGCCAAAUGACAAAUUUAUCUGAGACUAACUUGAUGCUAUAUAGAGGCCUACUACAGGGAAUAAAUAGUGAAAUAGAUGUUUGUAAAGAAGUGAGUGAAUUAGAAGGUGCAAUUUGUAUGCUUUUAGCUGCUGGUCAACUUAGUGACAAUAGAGACAUUUUAGAUGUACACAACACUCUUGUACCUUCAUCUAAAGCACUUAAAGACAUUAUUAUUGAUGUUUCAAAUUAGAACUUAAUAGGUAUAAUAAAAAUAU